CACGGUGAUACACUAACUUAUCGGUAUUAUGCGUACACAGUUGUACAAAUGACUUCUUAGCAACAGUAUUUACAGACGAAGGAAGUGUAACAGCUCUGAAUUCGUUCCAAUACACGUUCGAAAUUUGAUGUCAAACGCGAUGCUGUCUUGCACACGUUUGUUAAACUUACUUUUUGUGAUCGCUUUUGGAAGUGGAAAGGUUCUAUUACCACCAGGGACGUCUGAUUCUGUUCCACGAUGUCACGACCCUGGUCACGUGCGAUGGGCAACAAGGCAGAGAUAUUACGGAGGACAGCUUAUAGUGUAUACAUGUAAUCAAGGCUUAACACUCGUAGGACAGACACAUAUUCGAUGUGAGGGUGGCCGAUGGUCAGACGUCAAGCCAGUUUGUGCUGCUCCUGGUUGUGAUCCGCCGGAUAAACUAGAACUAGGGUCUUCAGAAACUGUGACUGGUGGCGCUGUAGUGAGGUUCUCUUGCAAUAAAGGACUUGUUCUCCAUGGAUCUUCGACGAUCUACUGUGACGGCACACAGUGGAAUAGUACCGUUCCUUCCUGUUUAGCUGUCAAACCAGAAUAUAACCUUAUAUCAAACUGCCCAUCUCUGCGAAAUAUCGCUUUUGCGAAACGUAUGGACCUAAGUCGAGCGGUAGUUAUAAUCUGUAAUCGGGGAUAUCAACUAAUUGGUGCAGGCGUCUUAAGAUGCAAUCUGCAGAACCAGUGGAUGUCGGAACCUCCAUUGUGCGCAACUGAUGGAUGCCCGGAUGUCCCCGACCCUGAAAAUGGUAUUGCAACCAUGAGUGAAACAGGGUCUCUUAUUAGAUUCCAAUGUUUGAACGGUUACAGUCUACGGGGUGCUGACAUGAUCUCCUGUACGGAAGACGGAUGGAGCGAUAAUGUUCCGAGAUGCAUUCCAGAGGCUUCAACACUACCACAGGGCGAUAGAACAUGCUUGUCUAACCCUCCAAACAUACCUAAUACGAUAUAUGGCAUUUAUCGUCGAACAUACGACAAUGGGAAUGAAUAUUCUGUUGCCGUCUACACAUGCUAUCAGGGAUUUAAACUUAUCUCUGGUGGAGCUACAAAGAUAUGCUCUAAAGGACAAUGGUUGUGGCCUCCCGAGGGUGAAAUAAAAUGUGUCCCUACCUGUAAUGCACCAUCAUUUUACUGUCAACAUUUGUGUAUUGAUCGACCGACUGGAGCCGUAUGUUCCUGCCAUGAAGGGUAUUAUCUCCUCGAAAACGGAUACAGUUGUUUUAAUAUUGACGAGUGCCGUAUAAAUGACAUCUGUGGGAAUGGAGUAUGCCAAGACCUCACAGGUUCAUAUCGCUGCUUCUGUUAUGAAGGAUACCAUUUGGUCAAUGGAAGAUGUGAAGGAAGCCGAGAGAAGCUGCUUGAGGUUAAGCUUGACCUCAAGAGAAAUGUCGACGUUGCAGUGCCGGAUUUGGUAGUCUUUUAUGGGAUGUUCAAACGAAAACGUAAACGAUAUCAUGUUAUAUUAAUCAAUUAUUAUUAUUUAGAUGUUAAUGAAUGCAAGGCGGACCAUGGAUACGGACCAAGAUUUGGAUACUGUGAAGGUUGGUGCAAGAAUACAGUCGGCAGUUAUAAAUGCUCAUGUCCACAAAAUGGAAAAUGGAAUGGAUAUCAGCUAGCAGCAGAUGGUCACAGAUGUAUACCAUCAGCAUGUUCAAGUGCUAACUGUGAGCACACGUGUAUACCGCAAAGUAGUGGGACAGGAUUUAGAUGUAGUUGCAACGCGGGAUACCAGCUACAUUCAAAUGGAUAUUCGUGCGUAGAUAUUAAUGAGUGUGCAUCUGAAGAGGCUCAUGACUGUCCUCACGUUUGUAUAGAUACAGAAGGCGGCUACGAGUGCCGGUGCCAUAAUGGCCAUAUCACUACACCAAGCGGUGGUUGUGAAGCAUGCAGACCUGAUUCAUAUUACAAUAAGCGGACCAAUAGAUGUUUUGAUUGUCCAGCAAACUCGGGCACUAAGGGUGCUACCGCAAAAACGAGUAUCACUCACUGCAGCUGUAACAGUGGUUAUGAAGCAACUUCAUCUCCUAAGCUAGUGUGUACAGAUAUUGACGAGUGUGCUAAUGAUAAUUUUGGCUGCUCCUAUCAAUGUUUCAAUACACCCGGUUCAGCGUACUGUGUCUGUGAAAGCGGUUACGAAUUGGACGAAACUGGCAAAACAUGUGUUGAUAAAAAUGAGUGCGAAUUAAAGAAUGGCGGAUGUCAGCAUCAAUGUACCAACACAAUCGGUAGCUUUAACUGCUCGUGCAACAAUGGAUACAUGAAGGACCCAGACGACAAGUACAGGUGUCAAGAUAUUGACGAGUGUGCUAAUAACAAUGGCGAAUGUGAGAUCACAUGUAGAAAUUACGACGGUGGAUAUUACUGCGGGUGCACGGAGAACUCUCUGAUCAAUGACGACGGUGUAUCAUGUGACGCCAUUGUAUGUAGUCCACUGGUAGUGCCACAUAAUGGAAGACUAACACCAAGGAAACGCUGCACUGGAAAUGAGAACGGAUAUUCACUUAUUGUUGGCACGACGUGCGAGUACUCGUGUGACACAGGGUAUGAACUGACUGAACGUGCUACUAGAAUUUGCCUGAACACUGGCCGAUGGUCUGGUGAAACUCCUAGUUGUCGUCCUUUGACGUGUCCCCCGUUGACACCAAUCGAACACGGCGAGGUUAUUCCCGCUGGCUGUCUCACCAAUCCGCAAGUGUUCAAAUCUCGAUGUGCGUACACUUGUGAACAGGGCUACGUCAUUGAUGGAAAGCAGUUUUCAAAAUGUAGAGGGCUUGAGGGCUGGACAUCGGCACCCCCAAAAUGUGUGAAAGAUAUUCUACCACAAAUUGUUUGCAAUGACACAAUAACGGUCAUACUACCUGAAGGCGAGAGUGCUACCACUGUGGACAUUCCAGAUCCUGUGCACAAUCUGGAAUUUUUGGAGAGAGACAAAUCAACAGAUACACUGUUUGGACCAGGAUCACACCACGUGGAAUUCACAGCAGGCAGUCUUUCUCACGAUAGCACCAUUACAUGUGAUGUCAACAUCAGAGUUUUAGACGAAGAGCCACCUAAGUUCUCCCAGUGUCCAGAUAACUUUGUCGUCCUGACUGAAAAGCAAUAUCCUACGGUAACAUGGCAAGAGCCAAUAGUAACAGACAAUGUCAUGGUUACCAAAAAUUCAACCUCAAUAAGUCCAAACGGUCGUUUUACCUGGGGAACUUUUGUAGUCACAUACGAGGCGAGAGACGCAUCUAACAACAUUGCAUUCUGCGUAUUUGAAAUAAAAAUUGAACCCAAGAGCUGCGGUGUACCAAACGGCCCACUAAACGGUAGACCUAACUGCGGACCAUGGUUGUUUGGGGAGAUAUGCAAUCCUAUGUGUAACGAAGGGUUCUAUUUUUUCGAUGGAGUACUCAAAAGCCUGUAUGUAUGCGGAGCAAAUGCCGUAUGGGAUCCGAGUAGAAACAUACCCGAUUGUACUGGUUUCACACUACUUAAAGACGGUCAAACCGAAUGUCCGGUUGGAACACAACUCAAAGAUUAUAGCCGGAUUGGAGGCCCAGCAUGUCUUGACUGUCCGAGGGGAAUGUUCGGUGAGAUGGUUGAUAAUGUGGCUGUGUGUGUAGAAUGCCCUGCAGGGACUUAUCAGAACUCUACAGCAAGUGACUCAUGUGUAACAUGCCCCAACGGCCUGAGUACCAUCAAUACAGGUGCAUUGGCGGAAGAAGAAUGCAUUAAAAUUGAGCAACAGAUAGAUACAACCAAAAUCGUUUCAGUCGUAACGGAGAUAGUAGAGGAAGAGGAUGAACUUCCUUCAGAGGAAUCGUCAAUAAUUGGGGGCAGCUCUGCGUCUUAGUUACCAUGGUUCCACUUGCGAUUAUGUCGAUACUAUAUCAAAAUAAAUGAUGCAAUAAUAUUUUGGGAUUAACACUAUGCCUUCAUUUCAAUGAAAGAGCAGGUGGUUUUUUUUUUUUUAUACUUAUAAACCUAUAUUUGUUAAUCGUUUUAUUCUUUUGCAAACAUUUCCUUGCAAUUAAGUGUUAGUAAUAAAUUGUAACAACGAAAAUGAAAUGCAUUACGUCAAGUGACGUCAGAGCAGUGUUUAAAUGCAUUUUUUAAAAUAUGAACUUUUGCAUAAUAAUCAGUUUCUUUGCAAAGACAGUAAUCUUGACUAAGGUCAUAGCUAAGAUAGUUUGUUUUAUGGAUUAGUAUUUCAUUAUACAGUAUUACAUAUUUUUUUCUAAUGGAAUCAAGUUCGUGUGCGAUUGACAGAACUCAGCUAAAUAUCUUUGGAAACGAACGUUGUCAAAUAUUUAACUCAUAAUUAUGGUAUUAAAAUAGCCAUUCACAAAACCUUAUGAAAUUUCUAAAAUUAAAAUUCAUUUCACAGUCAAUCAUUCUGUAUCUUGUCUUUAUUUAGUCGACCUAUCUCAUGAAACAGAAAACGAUAUAGUAAAUGUAAGAAAUUCCGAAUUAAUUGGAAACUAUUAAUAUGUGUUUUCAUUUUCUUCAUGUUUGUUUAGCUUUAUGUAUAAAUGUCAUAGCUCUUGUACAAAGUUGAAUACAUCAUCUAUUUUAUCAUUGUUAUGGACUUGAAAGUCUAGGUAAAUCAUUAUCUCAUCUGCUACGCUGUUUCGUUUUGGUUUUUGUUACGUUAAUCGUUUCCAAGUCUCUCUUUCAGUGAUCUGGCGGUUUGUCAUUAACUUUUCAAUGGAUGCACAGUAUUUACAUUUUUCCAGUUCCUUGUUCAUUGCUGUUACCCAUGUUGUAUUUUGGCCUGCCAACUUUUCCCAACAACUUUGGCCUGGGUGUCCAUUGGUAACCUUAACAUGUGCCCUGUCCAUCUUAGUCUUCUUUUCUUAUGUUUAGAAAUCAGCAUUGUUGAUCUUUUAUGGUAAAUGGUAAAUAUUAUUUGGGUUGUUGGGUAAGAAGAAUAUACCGGAGAAAGAAUUUCAACAAAAAACAGAAUGAAUAAAUUGAGGUUAAGACAAAAAUGAAA